AUGGGUAAACGGCCUUCACGACAGGCCUGCAUUCGCUGCCACGGGCUCAAAUUGCGCUGUGAUCGCAAUGCUGCUGCAAAAAACUGUAGCCGUUGCCUCAAGGCCGGGGUGACGUGUGUCUUUCGUCUGUCAACUCGCGGGCGUCAGCUUGUCGGCAACAAGUCAACACCCUCUCCGGUCCACGAAGAUUCAGCUCACGAAGAUCCGGCUCCUCACAGCUCAACAGAGGAUGUAUCCAUUUCCGGAUCUCCUGCCAGGGAUUCGGAGGUGACUUCAGACACCUGUAUGAAUGAACUUUUACCCGGCUCUCCGUGCCAGGAUUUCCACGAUACCUCGCUGGAUGUCGACUCUGUCUCAAGCCCUGUGAACCCAACCGCAUUGCCCGCAAAUCUGCCGACAGACGUCGCCUCCGACUGUUGUUCGAUCGGGCAGACACUGGGCACGAACGACGGUACUGGGGUCGGCUUUCCCAUGAACCUCACCUCGCCACAAUUCGCCGACAGCAAUGUGGUGGCACCCAAGCCAAGCGCACAGAGCCAAUUCCGGGUGCAGUUCAUGAAAGAUGUGCUAGAGCUCGAUGUAGAAUUGAUCCAGCAUACUUCCGUCUUGCUCAAUCCGACGGAGCAUGGCCUCUUACAAGUCGCCGCUAAUCAAACAUUGACCCUCGCGCAGCAACUCCUGGAAAUCUUCCAUUCGGCGGAGUGCUGGACAUCGCAUACCGCUUCUCUGCAACUAUGGGGCCCGUAUCUAUACCAGCCAUCGAUUCCUUCGGGAUCGGAGCAGCCAGAGACGUUCCUGGACCAGGCGUCAACAAUCCAUGCGCUGUCCACGUAUCUCCGCCUUGUCGAAGCUUAUCAGAUUCUGUUUACGCGGGCGAUUGGCAACUACAACGCGGUCCUUGCGAAUGGCUGGUGGAAUUCCCUUUCCUCAUCCCACGAUCAGGAGUUUACCCUCGUCGGUCCUAGUAUCCAAUCGGCUCUAUCAAUUCAGUCGACCGUGCCAAUGUUAGACCGGCUUAGUUUUAUGGUGCAACUGCUGACGAUGCCCUUCAUCGAGGUGGAUGUAGUUAGAGCCGUGAUGGCAACCGUCCGUGAGCAUGAAAGACAGCUGAUGCAGAGCGUUACCCAACUGCAGCAGAUAGGUAGUAUUUGGUAG